AUGCCUGCCUCGAUCUCAGCUGAAGACCAAGCGUCUAUCGACCAUCUCUUUGACUUUCUAGAAGGCCGUACGUCAAAAAAGAAGAUCAAGAAAUACCUUGAGGUGGCCAGUGGUAAUCGAGACUUUGCUUUAGAGCUCCUGUCGAGCUCUCAACCGGAAGGAGAAGACUUCAGUGAGGAUGAGGUUGUAGACGAUCAAGCAAAACAGGACCACAUUCGAGAAUAUCACGAGGUCGUCAAUGGCAUCACCGAUUCAGCCAUUCGGAGUACAAUCGAUAAUAUCAUGGGACUCUGCCCUUACGAAAGUCCAAGACAUGUUCUGAAUGUAUUUCGCCAUUUCCAUGGGAACAAGGAAGAUACAGUAAAUGCUCUAUUCGACCAAUUUGUUGUCCCAACUGAGAAGCGAGAUAAAAUGGUGAUCAGACAGGACGCUGGCAAAGGUAGAAGCAGAGAGGGUGCUUCUGGUAAGGUCAUCAAAUCGGAGCCUUCGGAAUAUUUCAGCAAGAACCCAUUAACCUCCCGCAGAGAUACAUCCUCUGACUUGGAGUCCCGUCCACCGUAUACUCCACCGUCCUCGAGCAGUACAUCAUCACCUCAGCACGGCCUCCCAAUGAGACCCAUUCCCGGUGCUGACUGGAGCUUCGGCGAGCUCCCUACUCUACCAGAGAGCCCAAAGAUUCCAGCCUACCAGCUCACUGACGAUGAUGGCUUCGAGGUGGAGGGCGCGAAUAUCGAAGUGUCGCCGGUGAAGAACGAAAUCGAUGACGAGGAUCUUUACGGCUUACCACUGGAGAAUAUAGCUACAAGCUCUCGCAAAGCUACAGAUCCCGGAUUGUCAUCCUUGUCUGACGAAGAUGCGGACAUUGAAAUGUCUCCCCCCAAAGACGACUCUGGUUCCGGAUCGGAUACAGAACAUGAGGUCGAUACCGAUCAUUGUGGUGGCGGGGAAGACGAAGAUGAUUCUGACGUGGACAUGUCCAGUGGAACUAGCUUGAAAAAGACCCACCUCGUAAGAGAUGCUUCAAGGGAAGAGGGAAAGGAAGAAGAAGAAGAAGAAGAGGUCAAGCUUACGCAAGACGAGAAGGAGGCACACCUUUUGUCUCUGUUCCCGAAGGCUGGUAUUGAAGGCGUCAGAAGAGAAUUACAGCUCAACUUUGGCAGGAUGACUGACACAGCUGCUGAUCUAGAAGAUCAGUAUGGCCUUGGAGGCAGUGAUCGAGAUGAGAGCGGGACGGUUAGCCCUGGGGUAGGCCCAAGUCGCGCCCGGACAUCUCAGACAGCAUGUCUCAAGAGACCAGCAGUUGGUGGCCGUCAGCCCAAGCGAUCUCGUUCGAUUGAGGAGGAACCUGAUGCCGAGGAAGAGGAGAACAAUCACGAGUCAGCAGACAAGUGGGUUCUGAGUUUCUUGCACACCGAAAAUGGUGUCCAGAUAGAAUUGGACUCUGGUAUCCAUCCCUGUCGGGUCCCUAAGGCGGCGCUUCUCAAGGUCCCAGGCUUCCGAGACUGGCUAGAGGCGAACUCGCGUCAAGACAAGGCCAUGAAGAUUACUAACGUUUCGCUUGAGACGUUCAAUCUCGCAAUGAUGUGGAUCGUCUGUAGUGUUGGUCGCUUGACACCUAAUCAACGUCGAUCAAAGUCAGACGAACUUACCGCUCUGAUCGAUUUGGCUGUCUUUGCUGAGAGCGUAAGUCUGCCACUUGGUAAUAAGACCGAAUGGUUCAUGAGCUCGUUAAAGACUACGCUCGUGAAGUAUCGAAAAGCUUUGAGAGGUUCGCACAUCCGUCGAGCCUUCGAAGACUUAAGGGGAGGUCACCAAGUGCGCAAGCUGCUGGUCCAAGCCUCUCUCAGAGCUUACGUUGAGUUCCACUACCAUGAAUCCAGCCCAAAUUGCAGCGUAUCGCAAGCGAAGAUUUUCGUUCGAGAAGGAAUUCAAUACUCUUAAAGACUUCCAAAGCGAGCUCUUACUGCAAUUCCAUCGAGUGUGGUGGACUCGACACUCAUACGACCACAAGUAUAGCAGCCGGCACUUCUGUAGGAUCACGAAAGUAACAGAUCCCUUGACAGAUGAGAGUUUCCAGGUCUAGGAGUUUCCCUUGAAUGUCAUCCGUCCAUUCCUUCGAAGUCCUGCAAAUUUAUUGACAGAUGGGGCGAGAGCAGCUUUGCUAACUCAAACCAAGACCUUCGCAAGUCUGCAUUCAUUCCAAUACUUAUUCCAAAUGGAGGU